CCGUACUAGCGGUUUGACCAGAAAAACCUACUAUCGAAGGUUAAACCGAUAGACGACAUUUAGCAGUGUGAAGCGGUUGAACCACGAUUAAACCAUGAUUUUAGCAUAAAAUACUAUACUGUUGACUUUUUCAGUACUACCUCCGAUACAGUAUUUCAAUAAUUGGAUAAAAGACAUUAUAUUGUUCAUACAUUAUAAAUUAUAUAAAAUAUCAUCUAACGGUGGCGUAUUCGGUGCACCCACUUUUUUGGGUGCACUCAGUGCACCCGCCUCAUAAUUAUCAUCCUGAGCAUGUGAUUCAUGUCAAAACGAUAUCAAUUGUUGCUUAUGAAUUAUAAACAAGAAGCACACGAAUUUGAAAAAAAAAUCAUUCAAAAUUUACUUUAAUUUGAAGGAUUUAGGAUUUAGGGUUAGGGUUUAGGUUUACAAUUUGGGAUUUUGGGUUGGGAUUCAAAAUUGAAGGUUAAGGGGGUUAGGGUAAUAGAUUGAUUUGUUAUGAUUCUAUGUCAUAUCAUCAUAUUAGAUUGAGAGUACUAAUUGAAAUUCAAAAUUUGAUGUAUUAUGGACACUUUUAGAGUUGGGUGCACAGAGUGCACCAAAAAAAGUGAGUGCGCCGAAGUAGCCACCAUCAUCUAACAUAUGAGUAAUAACAUAUAAUAUUAUACCAAAAUAACAUAUAGCACUUGGAUCCAACAUAUAGUGAAAAUUAAGACACACUUAUAUAACAUCUAUGUUUAAAUGUUCAACAUAGAAUUCCAAAGAUUGAGUUGGGCGAAAAGAAAACCCGGAAACUAAGCGUAUUUGUCAUGAACCAGUUGGUCCCAAUAACUCGAGUUGUUGGGAUAAGGUUAUGCUGGAUCUUAUACAGGGUCGUGUAUGGUGCUUAACCACUUCCUUACACGCCCCUUCAAACGAAAGCCGACUCAUGGGCUUGAAGUUUGCACAGGCCCAGCCCUACCAUGUGCUUGAAAGACAACGGUUAAUAUUGGGGGUCGUGAGGACUUGAACACGUGACCGCAAGGACAAACCAGCUCUGAUACCAUGUAGAAAUCCACCCCAAAUAUCGAUAUGAAUAAGAUCAAAACAAGCUUUAGUCUUAAUACUGCUGUGCGUAAAAGGAAGUCUAGUCUGCUUCGCCCGUAAACAAGAAUCACACGGGACUUGACUUGAAAGUAAAGGACAAGAUAUGAAAGGUUGCAAGGCCAACAACUUCGCUCCAGAAGGAUGUCCGAGGCGAGAGUGCCAAAGCUCGGACUGCCCCAAUGCCUGCCGCGCCGAAUAAGCUACCAGAUGACUCUGCUGAAAAACCCGCAACUGAUAUAGACCAUCACUCUGAAUCCCCAUCCCAAUCAUCUUCUUCGAAACCAAGUCCUGGAUAACACAGAUCGCUUAAGAAUAUAACUGCCACUGGGUGAUCUGCAGUGAGACGACUGAGGGAUAACAAGUUGCAUUGAAAAUCGGGAAUAUGUAAGACCCGAUUCAGAACCAAGCCAUUUUCCAACCGAGUCAUUCCAAUAUUUCGAAUAGGGACCCCACUACCAUUGGGUAUCCGAACCUGCAAGUCAGUGUUGGUCGCAAACUCGCCAACAAAUAAAGAAUUAUCGGUAAUGAUAUGUUCAUUACAACCAGAGUCAAUGAUCCAAGAAGACGAAGAGUGAGGAACCGUACCUGACAUAUUAACCGCAUGCCCCUGGUCCCUCUCCAACAACAAACUCCUUAUCAAAUCCUUCUUGGCGAGCUUCCUAAGUAUGAUCAUCUUCGCAGCCUAGGCUGUCUUGCCUAUGCUAAAAAUACUCACAGGAAUCUCUCCAAAUUUGAAGCACGAGGGCGACCAGGGAUCUUUGUCGACUAUCCUGCCACCCAAAAGGGCUAUCGCAUCUUUGAUCUCGAGACGGAAACGAUCUAUUCUUCUCGUGAUGUGGUGUUUGUUGAGCAUAUCUUCCCCUACAAGGAUCCGCGUGUACUCGCGGACAUAGUUCCUCGGCAUGAUCCUUCCACUCAUGUGCCAUUUCAGCCCAUGCGCAUCAUGGAUCUUGACCAGACCACCACAUUUCCAUCCUCUGGUGAUCACAACUCUCCUCCAUCAUCCACUGAUGCUUGUCCCUGCACCCCGCAGCCUUCUUCGGCUGUUGCUCCCCCGACGGUUGAGGUUGUCACGCCUCUCACCACUGUCCCUCCUUCCACGUCGCCAGUGACUCCUGAUCUCUCUCCUGCGACGUUGUCAACUUCCCAGGAGUCUCCCCUGGUCGAUGCUUCACCUUCGGCCCCUCGCGACACCUCUCCGUCGCGCACAGCUUCUCUUUCGCCUGUUGCUGCUGACCCGGUUCCUCUCCCUCGUCGUGGAGAUAGGGCACGUCGUCCGCCUUCUCAUCUUGGGGAUUAUGCCUAUGAUCUCCCUGGUUCUUCUCCGGUACAACAUGUCACUUACCCGAUGGCUCACUAUGUCACUUACCAUCGGCUGUCUCCCUCACAUCAGGCAUUCAUCUCUCGGGUCUCUCAACUCAAGGAGCCCAAGUAUUUCUAUCAGGCUGUCCGCCACCCUCAAUGGUGCAAAGCCAUGAACACCGAGUUUUCUGAUUUGGUUGCCAAUGGCACUUGGGAGUUGACCUUUCUUCCUCCCGGUAAGAAGGCCAUUGAUUCGAAAUGGGUUUAUAAGAUCAAGUAUCUCCCGACUGGGUCUAUCGAACGCUUCAAGGCGCGUGUCGUUGCUAAAGGAUAUACCCAGGUCGAGGGUAUCGAUUAUCAUGAUACUUUCGCUCCAGUCGCCAAACUUGUCACUGUUCGUUGCCUCCUUGCUGUCGCCGUUACGAAGGGUUGGCACAUCCACCAGCUUGAUGUUAACAACGCCUUCCUUCAUGGUGAUUUAGAUGAGGAAGUGUACAUGAAAAUCCCACAGGGUUUCGCACAGCCAGGUGAUACCCGUGUUUGUCUUCUUCGCAAAUCUAUCUAUGGACUCAAACAGGCCUCUCGGAAUUGGUAUAAAAAAUUCUCUGCGGCUCUUCUUGAACUCCGUUUUCGUCAGAGCCAUGCCGAUCACUCACUCUUCAUCCUUCGGACGGAUCGUUCCUUUGUUGUGGCUCUCAUCUACGUUGAUGAUGUUAUCUUAGCUGGUGAUGAUCUGGUUUUCAUUCAGUCCGUCAAGACAUUUCUUCACGACCGGUUCACCAUCAAGGAUCUGGGACCGUUGAAGUACUUCCUUGGGAUCGAGGUUGCUCGUUCAGGUAAGGGUAUCGUCCUCAAUCAGCGAAAGUAUGUGUUGGAUAUUCUCGCUGACACUGGGUUUCAGGCCACUUGCCCGUCCUCUACUCCCAUUGAACAGAAUCAUCAGUUGGGUCGCACUCCUUCUCCACCAGCUCCUGACCCUGCAGCUUUCCGACGUCUGGUUGGAAGACUCCUCUAUCUCACAGUCACUCAUCCUGAUAUCACUUAUGCAGUUAACAUCCUCAGUCAAGCCGUUCAUGCUCCGACUCAGGCUCACCUUGAUGCCGCUCACCGGGUGUUGCGCUACUUGAAGGCAUCGCCUGGGUGUGGGCUUCUUCUACCUGCUCAUGGUCCCCUUCGCUUGACGGCUUACCGUGAUGCUGACUGGGGUGGCUGCCAGACGACUCGUCGUUCCACCACUGGUUAUUUUAUCCGUCUUGGUUCCUCACCUGUUUCUUGGCGCACUAAGAAACAGACUGCUGUUGCUCGCUCGUCAGCUUAGGCUGAGUACCGUGCUAUGGCCAGUACCGUUUGCGAGGUUCUCUGGCUGCGUUGGCUCCUUUCUGACCUUGGUGCUCCGCAGUCUGGUCCUACUCUUCUGUACUGUGACAAUCAAGCCGCUCUUCACAUUACAGCAAAUCAUGUUUUUCAUGAGCGUACCAAGCAUGUGGAAAUGGAUUGCUAUUUUGUUCGGGAACGUGUUUAGUCUUUGGACAUUUCACCUCGCAAGAUUGCCACUGUAGAGCAACCGGCGGAUCUCUUCACCAAAUGGUUAUCGAUUGAACAUCACCACCAUCUUUUGUCCAAGCUCGGCAUGUUCGAUCUUCAUGCUUGCGCUUGAGGGGGCGUAUUACGUGUCCUUGUAUAGUUUGGUCUUGUUCUUUUCCUUUUACCCUUUGGUCUCUGUUACUUGUGUCCCAAGUUAGGUCUGCGUUGAAGUCUUUGUGCUUUUCUAUAUAUAUGACCGAGGUUCAUGUUGAAGGCCAUGUACUGAAUAUUCAUCAUAAAAUAAAACUCAAGCCGUGAGCUCUUUCGAGCUCACCGUGGAUUAGUCUCGUUCGAACUAGAACGAGGAUACCACUCGUGUUCUCCUAUUCCGCACUAUCGUUUUCUACAGUAUUUCACUAACCAGAGAAAAAAUGGCGCCAUUUGACUUCCAAUUCGAUACCUUGCAGCGGGUGUCUAUGACCCACUUUUCUCGCCAGGUCAGGGUCAAAGCAGGGCAACCGAUAGGUCGACCCGCGGGUUGACAACCUUGUGCUACACCCAAAAUGAAAAGUGAUUCUAUAUGAUAUUUUGUUACUUUUCUUUGUUCCAUUUCUUGAUUCUGUGCAAGUUGCAGGAAUUGUGGAGCAGAAUUCUUUAAAGGGUAAAUACAAUUUAAUAUCCAAACCUUUCAUUUUAAACAAUAUAAUAGCCAAACCUUUUCGAAAACAAUCUAAUAUCCCAAAUCGUCAACUUUUCGUCCGUUUGACCGUUGGUUGACACUUCAAAAAAGCUUUAUUUAGGGGAAAUUGUCACAAUACAACUUUGUUUUCUUGUUUUGGCAUUGCAGAUGACUGAAUAUUUAGAUAUUCUAUACCAUCAUGGGGAGUCAUGGACUUCUCGGGGUUGAAACCACGAUAUGUUGGUGGUUUUUCAGAGAAGAUAUCGAUGGAUAUUGAUGAAGCGUCGUACUUCAAACUUUUUUGAAGUGUCAACUAACGGUCAAACGAACGGAAAGUUGACGAUUUGGAUAUUAGAUUGUUUUCUAAAAGGUUUGGCUAUUAUAUUGUUUAAAAUGAAUAGUUUGGAUAUUAAAUUGUAUUUACCCUUCUUUAAAAGAUAAAAGGUGGAUACGCUUUAUUGCCCCAACUUAUUGCUACUGUUUCACUCCUUGUCGUUUAGCAAAAGGGGUUUUUUUUGUUCUCCGUAGGGAAGCUGGUUGCGGCGGUCGGGGACGCCCCGCUUGUGGCAAUUCAGAAGUCAGUCCGUCACUGCCCGGUUAAAUCAGCGGCCACGCCUUCCGUACGCUUGCUCCAGAUCACCCUUUCCGCAAAACUUGAACGGAAUAGUGUCUUUUUCCUCCUGUCACUUCACCUUGCUACUUUCCCCGAAUCAAGCUAGCUGCGCUUUCGUCGAACAACUUUCUCAACCAAUCCUUCCCAGCGCCAGUAGGACCUUCCCUUCCCUCACCUCAGUCCAGCAGACAACCAUUCCUACCAUCCGUACUCACAGGACUUGGACUGCCCCCUUUUAUCCUUCCUUCCCUUUCAUCGCUUCCCUCACCUUUUCGAUGUUUCCAGGUUGUGGAUUGUGCUCCCACACGGCACCGCUACCGAACCCUCUUCCAAACACGCCACCGCCCAUGAAUCGUACUGUACUUGCCUGCUCAACUCGAUUCGGGCCAUCGCUACCUUUGAGGGCCGAUUGCUUUGGUCGUUGCCCUCUCCCUGCUCAGUUCUGCGCCCUAUUCCAUUUUGUGUUCCUCACCACGCCAUUCUCGGUCCAGUUCUCCGAGCUCGACCUCAAUACCCUCUCAUUUUCGUCUUCUCCGAUCUCAUGGGGAGGGAGAUGAACCCCCAACCAGAUUCCAGGGGUCCAGGAAAGGUUUGCGUGAAGAGAUGAAGCCCUUGGUCUUUUCCAUGGACGAAACGUUCUUCUUCGCCGGACACUUUAGCAAAUUUGAUGGCCUGUAGAACGACGGUCGUCUAUGACUCCCUCUGGUGAGUUUGUUUUUGCACAUGUCUUUCAUGUAUUCGUUUUUUUUUCUAACAAAAGGUUCUGUUGAUCUAUUGUUAGGGGAAAUAUCGGUGGCGAGUCAAAAGACAUGUCACAGAUCAAUUAUAUUUAAUUCUCUUCACGACUCUCUCAAUUCUACACCAAGAGGUCACUUAAUUUCCUAAUUGUACUUCGCUUGAUUGAUUUAUUGCUGGUGAAGCGUUUGGUUAAAUGAGAGUUGUAUAUUUGGUUCAGCAGUUGGCUUAAUGACAGAGGAUGAUGUGGGGAGAAAAGCUGUUAUGCUUUCACUUUGGUUGCUUGCUCAAUCCAAUAGGUGUGGAGUUUUAUGAUAGCGAUGUAGCUUUGUUCUUAUCAUCUCUAAUGCUGAGUAUAAUGCAAAUCUUACUUUUCAUUUUCCGCAUCCUUUCUUUUAAUUAGCAGUUUUCACGAUUUCUUUUGGUCUUUGACAAGGGAGGCUCAUAAGCAAGGACAAGAGAAGAAUUGUCUGAUUUGAUCUCCGGUGCAGGCUGACAACAGAGAGUACGAGAAGUCAUUUGGGACUAUUUCGGGUUUGAUUUGUCUCGAGGUUGUGACGGAUAUAAGGGACCGAUCAGAGGCUCAGCUUCGGAUGGAGUAGUAAUAGGAGGUCCGUUUUCUCUUUGUCUCUAUAUCUUUUCCGUGUUAUUGUGACAAAAAAAAACUUAUCAGUUAAAUUUCUCAAUAUCUCUCAUUCUUAUUGUUCUUGCCCCUGAAUCUCAUCUGAAAUCUUGGGAACAACAACAUCGGCAGCAAAAGCCACCACAGCGGACAAGAUCUUACUUGCUGCCGUUUACAAGUCGGUCUCUCUGUAUCUCUUAAUUUUAUUUCUGCUGCUUUGUAUUUGUUGGUUGCCAUAACUGUUCCAAUCCCCCUUCUCCCGUUCUCAUUUUGUGUUUCGUGGGAAUAGAUGAAUCAAGUCCAAGAUUAAUCUCUUAAUUUUCAUUGACAAUUUCCAGGUUAGAUGGUGUUUGGGUAUUUCAUUAUUCUUUUUUUUUUUCCUUUGCCUUCGGUUAGAUGUAACUUCAGUAAUAAUGUUGUUUGGUCUUUUUUCAUCUGUAUAACCGUCUGGUCUGUGAUAAUCAACUUAUAUUGGCCUUUCUUCUAUACAAAUCAGUUAAACAUUAAUGAAAGGACUCGAGCAGUUGGAGACAUUUGACUUUUGGUUUAGCAACAAUGUUACUGAUUGUUCACUCUUCAACCAGUGGCUUCACAACUUGCAAUAUGAGACUGAUUUUAUCCAUUGAUGUUCAACACUUCGAAAGAUACAUGUAGCUUUUGUUUGGAUAUGAAAUUUGAGUCCUUUAUUCUCUUGAUGAGUGUUCCAUUGAUGGAUCAAGAAUCUCAAGAAGUUUACAAUAUCGAAAUUCAUCAUUCAUAAGUGAAUCCGAAGCUAGCAGUAUCUCAUUUGGGUUUUUUGUCAUUGAGCUGUUUCUCAUCCUAGAUAAGCCAUAUUGGCUUCCAUAAUGUUUUGUUGGUAACAUUUUGCUUUUAUAGUUCUAUAUGUUAACAUUUGCAAGUCAUGUAUCUUUUGACAACCAGAUGUGUAUGUCCUAGGCUAAUUUAUUAUAAGUAUAUGGCUUUCUAUGUAUCAACCAAUGCACCAAUCUUUCUUUAAGUCUGUUUUGUUUUUCGUAUAUCUUGGGUUUAUAGAAAUUGGACUGCUUGGUGGUUCAACGGAGUCCAUUAUAUUGCCUUAAUACUUGACCUGUUUGUUUUCCUUUUUAAAGUGAUCUUAGAAUGCCACAAAUGUUGGGAGAGAAGAGCGUGUUGAUCUUUCACUUUGGUGGUGGUACUUUUUAUGUUUCCCUGCUAGCAAUUGAAGAGGGUAUCUUUGAAGUGAAGGCAACUGACAGAGACACUCACCUUGGUGGUGAGGAUUUUGACAACAGAUUGGUAAAUCAUUUCGUCCAGGAGUUCUAGAGGAAGAACAAGGAGAGUAUUUCUUUUAAUUUCUUUGUUUUCCCCCCAAGAUAGACAUAUCCAAUUCAGAUUUUACUUCCUUGAAUUCUACUUAGCUUCUUACUCAUUUCUUUCUGUUUGAUUCUUUAGGUGAAGACUUUUGCCUUGGAACUCAAUUGAAAACCUUAAGGAUCUAGAUCAGAGCAGUAGGUAUGGCUACAUGUGGGUAGUGGAACAAUUUUAAGCUUGGCUUUAUCUUUGGCCAAAUUAUUAUCAAGUAGCCUAAACUAGCUACUACUGCUAAUCCUUGCUUUAUCUCAGGCUUAUCAAUGUGGAGAAGUUACUGAUAGUCACUUCCUACAAAGCUAAUGCAACAAAAAUAAUUAAACCUAAUUGAUCAUGCACUGCUGUAUUUGGUUGCUCUAAAUCAUGAACUUUUCAUGCUUAUAGGAUACGUAUCGGUGCUUUAUACAAUGCAUUUAUAGUUUUACUUAAAAUGCUUCUUUCACUUGCAAGGACAAACACUUUCGAAGUUCAAUUGAAUUUCAACAGUUUUGAAUUAUAUCAUUUGGUGGCCAAAGACUGUAUGGAGUGUUUAAUACAGCGACAAAUAUACCAGAAGCUGCAGGGGUUUUAGUAUGGAGCCUUCAGAAGGAAAAUAACAUAUUUAUAAGAUUGCAAAAGCAGAUGUUUGGGAGAUAUUUCCAAGAUAAAGAGACUUUAGUGUUGGACUGAAGAUCAUAUGAUGCCUUUAUCCUCUCUUGAUAAGGUGCUGCUACCAUUCUGCAUUUCGUGGUGGAAAUGGAGUGACAUGUGCAGUAAUAUACGGAGAUCUGUUAAGUGGGUCUUCUUAGUGUGAAGAAGGUAUGAAUUUGAAUGAACUACACUUACAGAGCAUGGGUAGGAGGUGGAGCUUGCAUUUCUUUUGAUGUAUUUCCUUCAUUGUUUUGCUACUACCUUUUAUUAGCCUGAUUAUAGUUAGUAUUUAGAAACUCUUCAGUGUUUCUGGUUUCCUAAUAAUCUUCUAUAUCACCAUUAAUACAAAGGACGAACACUUUCAAUAUUAUUCACUUCAGUAGAACUAUGUUGUAUAGGUUUGCUAUUGAAUGUUUAGUAGUACCAGGUGGUGUGCAGCCUAAAGUAACUUUGCCUAAAGCACACCAUCAAGUUUAAUUCAUCAUUUGAACUAAAUUUCAUGUCCAUGAAACUCCUCUGCGGUGCUUAUGAAUUUAUAUUCCUCGGCUUAUCAUCCAAUGUUCUUUAUGUCUUCUUGCUGUAUUGUUUAUUACUAAGAAGAUGAGUAGUUUACAAAGGGAUUCACCAGUUAUUAAUCAUUAUUUUGUUAAGAAUAUGAUAGUGCUUUGUUGUCCUAGUUUAUUAAUCAAUGGGUUCUUAACACGUGCAUCGAAUUAUAAUUUUAUGGUUAGACCAAUCUUUUUUCCUGAGCAUUUGCCUACUGCCACAAAACUUGAAUCACAGCUAAGGAGAUCAGAUCAGAAGAUGAAAGAACAACCAUAAUAACAUUAAGAUUAAAAC